CUCUCCUCUCCUGCCUCAGCCUCCUUCCCUCUGGGCUCAGCCAUGAAGCCUCUCCCUGCCCCGCAGGAGGAGGACAGAGAAGCCAGGCAGCCCACCUCGGACAUCUGUGUGUUUGCCAGCAGCUGCACCCUGCAUGGCCUGAGCCACGUCUUUGGGGCCGGAGGCCUGACGCUGCGCAGGGGGCUGUGGGCGGGGGCCAUGCUGCUCUCCCUGACCGCCUUCCUCUACCAGGUGGCAGAGCGGAUUGAGUACUAUGGACAGUUCCACCACGUGACGGUGCUGGACGAGCACGAGAGCCACCACCUCGUCUUCCCAGCUGUCACCCUGUGCAACAUCAACCCACUCCGGCGGUCCCGGAUCACACCCAACGACCUGCACUGGGCCGGACCCGCCCUCCUGGGCCUCGAGUCUGGAGAGCACGCUGCCUAUCUGAAAGAGCUGGGCCAGCCCCCGGCACCCCAGGGCUUCAUGCCCAGUGCCACUUACGACCUGGCCGAACUCUUCGCCAGGGCCGGCCACACCAUGGACGACAUGUUGCUGGACUGUCGCUACCGAGGACGGCCUUGUGGCCCAAGCAACUUCACCAGGAUCUUCACCAGAAUGGGUCAGUGUUUCAUCUUUAACUCAGGAUUUGACGGAGCUGAGCUCCUCAGUACUCCCAAAGGAGGUUCUGGAAAUGGACUGGAGUUAAUGAUGACAGUGCAGCAGGAUGAAUACCUGCCAGUGUGGAAGGACACAGAACAAACUCCAUUUGAAGCAGGAAUUCGGGUGCAGAUUCAUAGUCAAGAUGAGCCACCCACGAUUGAUCAGCUCGGUUUUGGGGUUGCCCCAGGCUACCAGACCUUUGUGUCCUGCCAAAAGCAGCAACUGUUCUUCCUGCCACAGCCCUGGGGGAACUGUAGCUCUGUGCUCCUAGACCCUGACUUUGACAUGGGUCCUCCUGAUGUCAGCCCCUCCAACCCCAACCCAAGCCCCUGGUUAACCUACAGCCUCUCGGGCUGCCGCCAGAUCUGUGAGACUCGCUUCUUGUCUCGGAAGUGCGGCUGCCGGAUGAUGUACAUGCCCGGCAGCGCCCCCAUUUGCAGCCCCCAACAGUACAAGGACUGUGCCAGACCUUCCCUGGACAGCAUGAUGAGGAAGGACACGGCCUGCCUCUGCCCCAGCCCCUGCGCCAGCACGCGCUUCGAAAAGGAGCUCUCCAUGGUGCGGAUCCCCAGCCGCGCGUCCGCCAGCUUCCUGGCCCAGAAAUACAACCGCAGCAAGCAGUACAUAGCGGAUAACGUUCUGGUGCUAGACAUCUUCUUUGAGGCGCUUAAUUAUGAGACGGUGGAGCAGAAGAAAGCCUAUGAAGUGGCCGAUCUGUUGGGUGACAUUGGAGGCCAGAUGGGGCUCUUCAUUGGUGCCAGCCUGCUGACCAUUCUGGAGAUCUUGGACUUUCUCUUUGAGGUUUUCCAAGAUAGGGUUCUUGGUUACUUCCACAAUAGGAGGAGGUCACAGAAGGCACCCAGGAACAGCCUGCUCCAACAAGGGAUUGACAUCCACCGAAGUCCGGGACCCCACCUCACUGCUAAACCCAGGUCUUCCACUCCCCCCUGUGGGGUCACCAGGACUGUUUCCACUUCUCACCGGACCUGCUACCUGGUCACUCGCCUCUAGACUCAGGUCCGAUCUGUUGCCCCCAGGGACUCCCUGUCCUGCAUGCACUAGCCUGCUAGCCCCUCUCCAAAUAAAGCUACUGAUUGGCAAGAGCCCAGGAUGGCUGUUUGAAAAGAGUGACUUUUGCUAGAGAUGAAAAACAAUAGGAGAUGGCUUAGACAGGUCUUAAAUAUCACAAGAAUAUGUUUGGGUUUUUUUUUUUUGGGGGGGGGGGGAGAGAAAAAUCCUUCUGUUCAGAAAUCUCUCUCGAUGUCCUGACACACUGCCCGAAAUUCUCCCACCAAAGCUUAAUGGGUUCAGGCUAAGUACUGCUAAACAGCAUUCUUGCCCUUUCCUCCCCGAUUCCCGACCCAUCAUGAGGUUUCAUA